AAUGCGACCACCAUUCUUUAUCCGCCUUGAUCUGGGACUGCGAGCGAUCCCGAACUCUCUCAAAUCCUGACUCAAUAUGGUGAUCAAAUACUCUUAUUUUCUGUUCGUGAUUCUAGCUUUUGCAAGCCGUAACACAUGCAGUGCUAUUGUUAUUAAGAAGUUUCCAUUUCUGAUGCCAAAUAUUCAUCCGUUCAUCUUGCCUUCGAACCAAACGCAACAAUGCACACAGCGCAUCACAUCCUUCUUUACGGUUGCAAAGAACCGAGUACAACUCUAAGUGUUUGGAACUGUGGAGAAAUGUCAUCAACUUUAGAUGGUUUACCGGCGUUCAACCCUUGUAAAUCUGGUUCAGAGAUUAUUUAUGCAUGGGCACGAGAUGCUCCACCGUUCAAUUUGCCAGAAGGAGUUGGAUUUCUAGUCGGAGGGGAUUCGCCAAUUCAAUAUCUCAUCUUACAAGUACACUACGCUCACAAAUACAAAGAUGGAGAAUCUGAUCGAUCGGGGUUAAUUUUGCAUUACACUGAAGAACCGUUACCACGAACUGCUGCUGUUAUUCUCUUGGGAACUGGUGGGCAGAUACAUCCCAAAAGGAUUGAGCACAUGGAGGCCUCUUGUAACAUUGAAGAACACAAAGUCUUGCACCCUGUUGCAUACAGAACUCAUACCCAUCAGUUAGGGAAAGUUGUUUCUGGAUAUGUAAUUCGAGAAGAAAACGGAAAGCAAGUUUGGACCCUACUUGGGAAAAGGGAUCCCUUAACUCCACAGAUGUUUUAUCCAGUUGAGACUCCUGACAAUUUCACCAUACGUUAUGGAGACAAAUUGGCCGCCCGUUGCACAAUGAAGAACACCAGAGAUAAAAUUGUUGAAGUUGGACAAACAAGUAUGGACGAAAUGUGCAACUUCUACCUUACCUAUUGGGUUGAGAAAACCUCUCCCCUUGAGCAAAAAUACUGUUUCACAAACGGACCUCCAGCCUAUCAUUGGGGAGAAGAUGAUGGUAUUGAUGUCAAUCGAAUCCCAGAAUCAGCAUCCUCUCUCAAUUGAGUCAAAGCCCUUUUGCCGGCUCAUCACUAGUCAAUUCUUCUAUUUUUUUUUUUGAGCCCUUCGUGGCAGCACUAGGAGUGUUCUUGCAGUUUUUCAGACGCUGGUGAGUGUGGUUUUUUUAAAGUAUGAGCAUGUUUAAGCUCCGUGAAGUCUCCCAUGAUUUUACGGGCAUUAGGGUGUGAUCGCGUUUUUCAAAGAUCUCACAGGUUUCCCAGGUUGUUUCGUGGACAUCUAAGUAAGUGUGGUAAUUGAUUUCUCCACUUAUUAUGGAGACUUUCACCCUCCGGAUAUUUAUGAGCAAAACACAAUGAAAUAAAAUGGAACUCACCAAAGCAAAAUGGGAGGCACGGAAGCUCCACAGUUGUAGGGGCACCUGUUAGGAUUGGUGUUUGAUUUUUCUUAUGAGCUGUACCUCCAUGAUUUUGUAGACAUAUCUCAGUAUUCGUGUCAAUGGAAUUUAAUUUUUCUCACAUCAAGAUUAGCAGUUUAGCAACAAUGUAAAUCCAGUCAUGGUUUUUGUUAUUCACCUAAAUUAUUUUUAUCCCCCCCUGGAACUAAAAAUGUCUUUGGCGAACCUUGCUUCAUGGUUCUCAAUAAUGUGUGAAUGCUGUGUCUCCGAGGGGAAGAGAGGGUAGGCCCCCUCUCCCCAUUUUUCCCCUGCAACCUCCUUUGUCCUGAAUACUCCUUUAUUUGGUACUUCAUAUGUAUUUUGUCAAAACUGUCCCCCACUUGGCGCUCCUGCUUUCCAAAAUUUGAGUUUUGGGCGUUGCUUUUAUUUUUUUUUGCUUGUUAAAGAAACAGUUCAGGUGCUACAAAGAAUAAUUCUAAAUAUUGUCAAAUUAUUCAAUAUAUAUAAGUCCUUAAAACCCGCAAAAAAGCCAAAUGGUGUAUAUACACAUAAAUUAAGUUAUGUAAGUAUCGACACCUCUUGAUGGGUACUCUUUAUAGGACACACACUGCCCCCAGCUAAAGUUUUAUUUCGAAUAUCAUUCUCAUACGUAAUUGGUUCAUUAUUCAUACAUUAUUCAUUUCGGGAAAGUAUUACCUUAAAAUAUUACCAUCUUAUCAAUUUUUCAAAUCUUUUUCAUAUAUCAAUGUCAUCAAUUUUAUCAAAGCUUCCUGUUCCAAUGGACUCAUAUAAGAAGUGUUUUUCAAAUUUUUUAUGGCAUUUCAUUGAAUUCAAUUUUUAAAUUUUAAGUUUGUUUCAACUCAUACUUAUUUAUCCAUUCCCCUGUAGGCUAUGAUGAGGGAAGAUCCAAGUUUAUUUUUUAGGCAAAUAUUUCAGGGAGGCUUUGGACAGCAGACAAGUCCCCGUGCCUCUACAAGUAUGUUCAUCUUACUUCCGGUCUUCCCUCACAAAUUAUUCAGGAAAUCAUGAAUACUAUCCGAAAUUUUGCAUAUUUUAAAAGAAGUUGCAAUGUUUGAAGAAGUGAAAAUACUUUUAACUAUUUUCAGCCCGCAAUCUUCGUCAAGAAGAAUAUGUAUUUUGGACCAAAUGACAUAAUAAUCAAUUGAUCACCCUGUAACCAUGAUUCUGGGCCCAUAGAUCACAGUUGUUUAUUUUAUAUCAGUCAAGGAUCUUUAGCAAGUGUAAUUUACCGCAAUUAGUACCAAUCGGCCUGUUGUAAACUUUUGCUAGAGCAUGAAUAAGAGUUGUUUUUUAUCAAAAAUGGCUCCAAAAUAAUGAUGAGCGCCUUGGUAAAGUCUGAAAUGCAUUCCUGACUUCACAAUCUGCGCAAGAAAUAUGCGUUUUUUUGAGCUUCCCGCUUCAAACACGAUACUACAGCACAGGUGAAUGUUUCGUUAGAGAAGUUUUUCCAUGCAAUCCCUGUGCACUAGGAUACUACACAAUAUUCAACAUGGCUGACGCUAAUCCACUAAAACUCACCAUGUGAUGGGACAAGAUUCUAACCACCUGUUGCCCGAGUAGCAUUUUUCAAUGUAAAAGUUGCAAGAAGUUGAAACAAUAUUGGUUAAAAGAUGAAACCAAGUUGCAAUUCUCUGUCAACUUUUGGUUGAUAAGUGCCAAUUUUCGGCGAUCUAGUCGGAAGAAAAGUUGCAAGUUACAGCAAUUGUAUUGCAUGAAUCUUGCAACUUUUCGACGUUGCCAGGAUGGUUAGAAAUGUUAAAAAAUUUCGUCAAAGUUAUCAAAUUUCGCGAAUUUUACCGUAACUUGCCCACAAUUCUCGAGUAGGGUUGAUAUAACGUGAAAGUUUCGAAUUUAACGGACGUCGCCAAAAUUCUCAAAAAGUCGGGAUAUGCAACUUCUGGGCAGAAUUCCCGGAAACAAUGAAUUUUUUCAACGUUGUGAAACACCGAAUAGAAAUUUUUACCAAUGGUGCCAAAAUUAUCGAAAAGAGUGAAUUUUUACCAAUAUUACCAGAUUCUUGAAAAGUUUUGAUAAACACAUCAAUGCGGGAAAUCUCGGAAAUUCUUAAUUUUACCAACGUUGCCAAAAUGCUGAAAAAUUUGAAUUUUCAACGGCGUGCCAAGUUUUCCGAAAUUGUCCAGCGUUAGAAUUCUUGAAUGUUCACGUUUUUAGUAUAGAUCAUGGCAGCACUGGCAAGCAGUUGGAACUUCUUUCAACUUUGUACCAACAAUUUGCAAUAUAUUUGCACUCCAUAAAAUUGAAAGGGAAGCAACCAGCAAUACUUUAAAGUUGAAACAUGUUUCAACUUAAUUGCAACUAGUCCCAACAAUGAUAGCUCCCUAGGUGGAAGAGUAGAAACCUGCACGUCAAUCUGUUAGUUGCAAGAAUCAAACGAUUUUGUUACCUCUGCCACUGGGGUAGCAAGGGGCGUGUUUACAUUCACAUUUUCCGCUCAUUAAUAAAAUAAAGAUCCGCCUUGAAUGACCUUGUGCUCCGCGGAAGAGUCGGCCAUGUGGAAUAUUGCAAAGCAACCUAGUGCCCAUCACAUGAUGCGUUUUAGUGGAUUGGCGUCGGCCACGUUGAAAAUUGUGUAGCUUCCUAGUGCGCAGGGGUUGAAUGGAACAAUUCUCUCACGGAUUUUUCACCUGUGCCGUAGUAUUGUCUUUGAAGCGGGAAGCUAAAAAAAACGCAUGCAGCACUCAUGCAGAUUGUGAAGUUGGGAGUGCAUUUCAGACUUUGCCAAUGCCCUCAUCGUUAUUUUUGAGCCAUUUUCGAUAGGAGUCCAUUUCAGACUUUGCCAAUGCGCUUAUCAUUAUUUUUGAGCCAUUUUCGAUAAGAAACAACUUGUAUUUCUGCUCCAGGAAAAGUUUACAACAAGCCCUUUAUUUAGUUGGAUGUAUUUAUGCUAUAGUGAAAACUGUGCAAAUGGGUUAAAUCAAAAUUAAUCAAGUACCAA